UGACAGCUUGUUAGUUUGUUUCGUGUUGAAAAACACUUUGCUUAUUUCGCCGGUCCACUGAAAUUAUUCAAGAUUUCGUCCGAAACGGAAGUUAUAAUGAAAGAUGUUCCCGUGGACGUGGAUACAAGAAAUGUUGUUAAAAAUAGGGAACUGUUGUACCGGAUGAUAAUAAGUCAACUCCAUUAUGAUGGUUUUCAACCGAUCGCAGCUACUCUGUCAGUGGCUGUGCACGCUGACCCACCAUGUCCACCGAGUGACAGGUUAUUAAAUCUCAUGAUGGUAGGGCUCCAACAUGAGCCAGACAGAAAAGACCGUCUCGCAGCCUCAAGUGGAGCUGAGCAUCUAUUGGGAACUACAGGAUUUGACUUGGAGUUCGAGAUGGACGCUUCGUCGCUGGCGCCGGAGCCGGCCACGUACGAGACGGCGUACGUGACGUCACACAAGAUGGCGUGCCGCGCCGGCGCGUUCAGCGCGUGCGGGCAGCUCGUGGCCACGGGCAGCGUGGACGCCAGCAUCAAGAUUUUAGAUGUGGAGCGGAUGCUGGCGAAAUCAGCUCCAGAAGAGGUGGAUCCUGGUAGAGAGCAACAGGGACACCCCGUUAUCAGAACACUAUAUGACCACACAGACGAAAUAACAGCACUGGACUUCCACCCCCGAGAACAGAUCCUGGUGUCAGCGUCUCGUGACUGCUGCAUCAAACUCUUCGACAUAACCAAGGCGUCCGCUAAGAAGGCGUACAAAUCUAUUACAGAUGCGGAACAAGUGCUGUGCGUUGCGUUUCACCCCCUGGGCGACCACAUCAUAGCGUCCACCACUCACCCCGUCAUCCGCCUGUACGACGUGACCACCAGCCAGUGCUUUGUCUGUCCCGUGCCUUCGCACCACCACAAGAAACAAGUCAACUCGAUCAAGUUCUCCCCGAACGGCAAAUACUUCGCGAGCGGCAGCGCGGACGGGUCAGUGAAGCUCUGGGACACGGUGUCCAACCGCUGCUUCAACACCUUCAUCAACGCGCACGAGGGCUCCGAGGUGUGCUCCGUCGCCUUCACCAGGAACAGCAAGUAUCUCCUGACGUCGGGCAUGGAUUCGUCGAUCAAGCUGUGGGAGCUGGCGUCCAGCCGCUGCCUCAUCCAGUACACGGGCGCCGGCACCACCGGCAAGCAGGAGCACCACGCGCAGGCCGUGUUCAACCACACGGAGGACUACGUGCUGUUCCCGGACGAGGCGACCACCUCGCUGUGCACGUGGCACUCGCGCAGCGCCAGCCGCUGUCAGCUCAUGUCGCUGGGGCACAACGGGGCCGUCCGGUACAUCGUGCACUCGGGGACGGCGCCCGCCUUCCUCACGUGCAGCGACGACUACCGCGCGCGCUUCUGGUACCGGCGGAACACGCACUAAUAUCUACUUCUAAUAAAUAAUUUUUCUAAAUAAAA